CCUCGACAGCUGUAUCUGGCUUCUAGAAUUGGACAACCUCUUGCAUCCAGUCUACUGGACUGAGUCAUUAGUCUGUGCAUUCCUAUUGUCGCCUUGGUUUGAUGUCUUUUGUCUUUUGCAUUCUCGAGCCGUAUGUUCAUGUUCCAUUGUUAUUAGCUUCUUCUUUAGUCCCAGCAUUGAGCAUCGCGAUUGUUCUUCCCCUCUGCUUCCCCAUUUAUUCUCUAACACCCCACCUAUUCAACCUAUUUUAUACCCAUUUGCAGCAUCCUUUCUCCCUCUCACACACACUCCCCCACUUCAUCCCUCUCGGCACUGGCUACUUCACCAUCAACGCAGUGGACCACCCUAUCAUGCCAUGCCAUGCCAUGCCUUUCGAACCAAAACCCGGCUUGGAGUACACAACGGGAGUCAUCUUAUUUGGAACCCGGAGGAUGGCGUUUGCAGUCAGUCAGUCAGUCAGUGGUGGCCACACCCCCUUUCCUUCAUUUUGUUUUUGGUUUUUCCGGAACGGUGAUUCAUUGGCGCGCAUGAAUGGGUGGUUGUGAGAUGUACAUACCAGCUAUACAUAUAUUCUAUCAUAUUUUUAUUUCAUAACCUACAC